AUGGAGACGGCGUCGCCGUCUUUCGUCUCGAAAGCUAGAACCGCCUUCAAUUCCGCCGCGGCUAAAGCGGAGCGCGUCUUCACUGAUCUCAAAUCCGAUCGAGAGGCGGAGAAGCAAUCAGCGAGGAAUGAGAAUGACUCUAAGGAGGAAGAUGAAGUGAAGCAUCAAGGAUGGAGAACUGCACAUAUUAGAAAAAAGCAAGAGUGGCACAAUAAACUGAAGAACUUAAGAAUUGGGAGGAAAGAAGUCGAAGAUCAAGAGAAAGUUGAGGAUUCAGCCAUGGCUGCCCCUUUUUAUGACGAAAAUUUAUUCAUUCUCAAAGCGAAGCAAGAACAGGAAGCCAAGGCAUCUGAUGUCGGCUGCUUGGUAGAAUCUCUAAAUGCUGUUGAUGUGAGCAGCAUUCCUCCGGCAUCCAUUGUGAAGCAGCUAGCUGUAGCAAUAGAAGCUGGAAAAAGGGCUAAGACUGUGAAAGACUUUGUUGCAUCGUCUGGAAGUUCAUCACCAGUGAGGGAGAGGGGGGCAUUGAGCCUCUCUGCGGUGAAAUUGCUGGUUCUUGGUGAAAAAGAGGAUAAGCUUGGUUUUGAUUCAGGAGAUGAGGACAAAAUUGUUUCUCUAAUAAAUGCCUUGUUUAAUGUUGAUGGUAACUUCCUCAGCAGAAUGAUUGUAUCUGAUUUGGAGUCUCCUAACAACAGAGCUUCAUUCGCAAAAGAUAUUCAUGCUGCUCCUCCUGGUAGCUUUGUUGUUAAGCUAGCUGAAGUAAUUGGAAGUUUUACAACAACAAAGAGAAUGGCUUUGUUCUGGUGCAGGGUUGUUGAUGAAUUAAGGAGAUUUUGGAAUGAAGAGAAGCACAUACCAUGGAUACCUCUGGAUGAGAAGCCAGAUUUAAAAAGUUGCCUACUUCACCAAUGGUUACAGGUUCUAAACUGCUGUCUCGCUAGGAAAGCGCACUACUUAGCUGCUUCUGAAGAAUUAGAUGCUGUAAUGAGGCAAGCCAAUUCAGUCAAUGAAGGGUCGGACGUUUCAGAAACAAUGGGUUCUCCAGUUUCUCUUUUGUAUGCUAAAAGUAACACCGGCGAACCCAUACUCCGCCUAGGUAUUCAUCACCAAGUUGAGAACUUAACAAUGUUGGAGACUGGUGAACCUGUGUAUGCCCCGACAACACAGGAAGGUCCGCUGUUGACGGAAGAUCUUAUCAGAGAAACAGAGGAACUAGUACUUCGAACAGGGAGCAUGGGGGCUGGAUGUUCUCAACUCUUGUCUGACAUGCAGGCCUUUAAGGCAGCAAAUCCUGGGUGUAUUUUGGAAGACUUUGUGAGAUGGCACUCGCCUCCAGACUGGACCGAAAAUGAUACCUCUUCUGGAGAUGACUCUUCGCCCCUACGAGGUCAAUUAAGUACCCGUAUGCAAAAAGAAGGUAAUUUAUGGCGCGAGCUGUGGGAAACAGCUAAACCACUGCCUGCCGUUAAACAAGCACCUCUCUUUGAUGAAGACUUAGCUGUGGAAGGAAUCUUGAAUUCUUUGGAAGACAUUCCAGCCGCCGAACUUUUUGAGCAGCUAUUUAUUACGCUUCUUGCUCUGGGAUUUGUGAUGCUGGAGCCUCUAAUAUCCACAAACGAUGACUUGUCAAAGCUUUUCUUCGAAUGCAAGGAUUAUGUGGUGGCCACUUGUCAGGGAGGCGCAUGGGCCGAUAGACUUGAUGAUCUCUGCCAGGUCUAUGAAACUGUGGAAACAAUGUUAUUACGUCCAGAAGAAGUCUUGAGAUCAAUGAAACAAACAGAGGACUCGCCAUCAAGCGGAAGCGAAACAAAACGCCGGUUCAAGCGGCUCGGUUUCAUCUUCCGUGGUAAAGAACGAAACCAGAAAAGAGUACCAUCAGAAACUGAACAGAAAAGUACCGAACCUAGCCCUCGCCAAUCGUUCUCUAGCCUUUUUGAUGGCAAGUCGUCUCUGUUUGCAAAGAGACCUCCUAAACCUGAAAAUGGGACUCUUAGAUUAGGUGCGAUGAUGUUGCGUGCUGUCAUAAGGAGAGCUUCCUGUAGAGGCUCUUCUGCUUCGGGAUUGGGAAAAUCACUGCAAUCUUCUCGUGUUGCAGCGUCUGCACAAAGCUUUCAUUCUGUUACAGCACCAGAGACGCUGGUGCCUCGUGGAAGCCAUGCUCGUAGCUUCCAUCAUCGUUCUUGUCCAGGGUGUUCAGAGUGCUCAAGGACUGUUUUCACCAGUUACCAAGGCACAGCCCUGCAAAGAUGGGUCAGGCCUUUUUCAUCUGAUAGUGGGGAUGUUGUGGAGGCUGUAGUGCCUCACAUGGGUGAAUCAAUCACUGAUGGAACCAUUGCCAACUUUCUGAAGAAACCUGGUGAUAGAGUAGAAGCUGAUGAGGCUAUUGCACAAAUUGAAACUGACAAGGUGACAAUAGAUAUUGCUAGCCCAGCAAGUGGUGUGAUCAAAGAGUUUCUAGUCAAGGAAGGAGAUACUGUAGAACCGGGAAACAAGAUAGCUAUCAUUUCAAUGUCUGCUGAUUCUCAUGUUGCCCCCUCAGAAAAGAUACCAGAGAAACCUGCUCCCAAGCCUUCUCCUCCUGCUGAGAAGCCCAAAGUUGAAAGUACUAAAGUUGCGGAGAAACCCAAGGCACCAUCACCGCCACCUCCAUCUAAGCAGUCAGCGAAAGAACCGCAGCUGCCUCCUAAGGAUAGGGAAAGACGGGUUCCUAUGACAAGACUUCGCAAGCGGGUGGCGACUAGGUUGAAGGACUCUCAGAACACUUUUGCGCUACUGACAACUUUCAAUGAAGUUGAUAUGACUAAUCUGAUGAAGCUCCGAUCUCAAUACAAGGAUGCAUUUUUUGAGAAGCACGGAGUGAAGUUGGGGCUUAUGUCUGGUUUCAUUAAAGCUGCUGUUAGUGCUCUUCAGCAACAACCAGUAGUUAAUGCAGUUAUUGAUGGAGAUGAUAUCAUUUACAGAGACUAUGUAGAUAUCAGUAUCGCCGUUGGUACCUCUAAGGGUCUUGUGGUUCCAGUCAUAAGAGGUGCUGACCAAAUGAACUUUGCUGACAUAGAGAAAACGAUAAACUCUCUUGCUAAGAAGGCUAAUGAAGGAACCAUAUCAAUCGACGAGAUGGCUGGAGGAUCAUUCACAGUAUCCAAUGGUGGUGUCUAUGGAAGUCUCUUAAGCACUCCUAUCAUCAACCCUCCUCAGUCUGCUAUUCUUGGAAUGCAUUCGAUUGUGCAACGUCCAAUGGUUGUGGGAGGAAGCGUAGUGCCGAGGCCAAUGAUGUACGUCGCGCUGACCUAUGAUCAUAGGCUAAUUGAUGGAAGAGAGGCUGUGUAUUUCUUGCGCCGUAUCAAGGAUGUUGUGGAAGAUCCUCAGAGGCUUCUUCUGGACAUAUGA